CCCGCGUGUGGGGGCACCCGGCCGCCGGGGCGGGCACUUCCUCGGCGGCGGCCGUCAUGAGGGCCGCCCGGGUGCUGCUGCUGGCGGCGCUGGCCGCCCUGGCCGCCUACUACGUCUACCUGCCGCUGCCCGGCGCCGUGUCGCAGCCCUGGAAGCUGAUGCUGCUGGACGCCACCUUCCGCGCCGCGCAGCAGGCGUGCCACCUGAUUCACUAUAUGAGACUCAGCCAUCACUUGAUAGUUCUGAAUUAUUUGAUUGGUACUUUUGACAAGCUGAAGUCCGUGUCUUCUGAACAUAUUAACAUAACGGAUGCUGUUUUUGAUGGUGUGGAAGUCAGAGUGUUUGAACCUCCUGCAAAGCAAGAUGAAACGCUAAAGCGCAGCGUUGUUUAUAUCCACGGAGGGGGCUGGGCCUUGGCAAGUGCAAGAACAAGCCUCUAUAAUAAUCUCUGCAGGAUUAUGGCCGAGUCUCUCAAUGCUGUAGUUGUCUCAGUUGAAUACAGGCUGGUACCAGAGGUGUGCUUCCCUGAACAGUUCCAUGAUGCUCUUCGUGCUACCAAGCAUUUUUUGCAUCCUGAUGUCUUAGCUGAAUAUUCAGUUGACCCAAGUCGUGUUGCAAUUUCCGGUGAUAGCGCAGGAGGAAAUUUGGCUGCUGCUGUUUGUCAGCAGCUUAGCAAAGAUGAGCAUGUGACCAUCAGACCAAAACUGCAGGCCUUAAUUUAUCCAGUCCUUCAAGCAUUUGACUUUAAUACACCUUCGUACCAGCAGAAUAUGAAUAUGCCCGUUCUUCCUCGUUAUGUCAUGAUAAACUACUGGAUAGACUAUUUCAAUGGUAACUAUGACCUGGCUCACUCACUGGUGAUCAACAAUCACACUGCUCUCGAUGUAAGCCAAGCUCUGUCUUUCAGAGGACAUCUGAACUGGACAUCUCUACUGCCUUCAUCAUUCAAAAAGAACUACAAGCCUGUAAUACAAACUACAGGCAAGGCUGAAAUCAUCCAGAAGAUACCAGCACUGCUUGAUGUACGAGCAGUCCCACUGCUUGCAGAAAAUGAAACUUUGCAGCUACAACCAAAGACUUACAUCCUGACUUGUGAGAAUGACGUCCUGAGAGAUGAUGGUGUGAUGUACGCAAAACGACUAGAGAACGCCGGCGUGGAAGUCACGCUUGACCACUUUGAUGACUGCUUUCAUGGCUGUAUGAUAUUCACGAUUUGGCCUACUGAUUUCUCUGCAGGAAUUCAGACAAGGAACAGCUAUAUAAAAUGGCUAGAUGAAAACCUCUGAUGAAAGAGUCCCUCUAGAAGACCCAGGGUGUACAGCUGUAGUGUCCAUGGUUGCAAAAGAACAAACAAAAAAGUGCACUUUUCCAAAUUCUGACUUCAUCUGUUCAGCUGCAUUUACUGGGGGUUAUAAGCCACUAACUACAACAUUCACUGGGUUAUUGGCCUUGCCCAGCAAAGUAUUUUGUGAAAUACUUUUUCAAACUUCUGUUGUUUUUUUCCUUUCAGAUGAUACAAGCUAUUGCCAAACAUGAACAAACGUAGAGCAAGGAGAUCAUUCUUAACUGGCUGAGUCUUUAAAGCUUUGAUCCCUUAAUAUGAGGCACAACGGCCAUGAUUUUCAAAUGAGGUGAUAUAAAGCCAAACGCUUACAUCUAAAUUUGGAUAUGUUAAAAAAAAUUAGAAUUAAUUUUCAACAGUGCUGAGCACUUGAUGUCAAAGAAAGUGUGAGCACUCUCACCUUUGUCAGCAGAGUCAUGCAUUUGGAUGUUAAGCAUGAAUUUAGGUGUUGAGCUUUAGGCACAUAGACAAAGAGAAUUUUAAAUAAAAAAAAUAGUUCUCACUUCUAGGCAGUUAUGAUGCUAGACAAGUCUUUUGGCCAAACAUGUGAUUCAGCUUUGGAAUUUGGUCUUUCUUACCUUUUGGUUAUUUAUAUUUUAAAUAAGCACAGGACUAAAUAUAUUUUCCAAAACCUAUUAUAGCAUACAUAUAAAUGUUUAGUAUGAAAAGUAUUAUGUGUAGCAGCAAAACCAAAGCUGCUUAAGUGAGCUUCAAAGUUCACCACUUAUUUGGCUAAAGAAUGUGACUUUGUUUAAAGCAUCAGCUUUAUGACCUCCUUACAGAAAAUACUGAGCAUACUAAAAAUAAUCUGCUGUGUGGUUUGCACUAACAUUUGUAAUUAAUAUUGGAAGUUUUUGUUCAUUGGCUUUCUUCCGUGUUCGUAGUGUUUAGUUCAUUCUAUUUCAUGCUUCCUGGAAGGAAGCAAGCAAAUAGAAGUGGGCUUUAACCUAAAAUGAAAAUUUAGAUCUGAACUUUACAGCUGCACCAUGUCUCCUAAGUGCUCAGUAAGAUGAUCUGGCUAUUAUGCAGCAAAUCUUUGCAGUUUGAACCAGUCUCGAAAAUUCAGACAGACAGGACAGGGAAGUGAAACUGCUUAUGACAGGAUAUAUUGUCCAUGAUGUUUACUGCAUGCAAAAAUGAAGGUUGUGCCAAAAGCCCCGUGUUUCUGGGCAAAGCGGAAAGAAUGGCAGUCCCAUGAUUAAACUAGGAGAUUAAACUCACCCUCAGCUUUACCACAGACUUCCUGUAGGACCCCAGGAAAACAGUGUAAUCUCCUUGUGCCUCACUUUCUUCUUCUGCAAGAGAGGGAGCAGUCAUUUCCUACCUCACAAAGGAGUUGUGAAGAUAAAUGCACAGACAUUAAUGAAGCACACUGAUACUACAGUAACUGGCCGGCACUGAACAGAUCCCUUAGCCUCUGACUUUUCAUCAUUCUUUAAUAUCUAGCUCAGAACAACUUGCCCCGUAACAGAUGGUGCUGUUAGGCCGCUUAUUCUCUUAGGAUGUUAAUUAAUUUCUGGCCUAGCUCAUCUGAAAGGACACUAAGGUAGGGCUUUGGGGCUGUUGUGAUAUCAUGAUGAAGGCAACUUUGUUGGAGCAUUCCUGCGGCAGGGUUCUGAAAAAUCCUUUAAAAAUGCACUGGUAGAUCAAACUGGCUGAUGUAAUUUAAAAUACAUAUAGAGAAGUCCACUCUCACUGGUAGAUAAAUAAGAAAAUAGCUUUGGUGAAUCAUUGCUUCCUAGAAAUACCAGGAUGUUAAUAUGGUUGUAUGCAUUAAGAAAGGGUAUUAAUGAGACAAGGCCUCAAUGUAGACUUGCUUGUGCAGGCUAAAACUAAUCCCUAAGCAUGGGUUCACAUGGAGGUCACAAGCAACAGCUUUUUCACCAGUGGCCCUGAUUCUUCUUCCAUUUAAAUCAUUUCAAAGGCUCAAUGGGAUUAGAUCAGCUGAAAGACAAUUUAAAUCAGAACAAGAUUUGGCCAAGAUAUUCAAUCAACCUACACUAUGGAAGAAUUUAAACUCUUCUCUGGAUUUAAACCUUCUUUCUUCCCUUCCCCUAUAAAUGCACCUUCAGUAGAUAAAAUUUACACUUAAACACCAACCAAAGUUAUUGGUUAUCCUUUCAAAAGGCGUCUUAAAAUAUGGGCUGCUCCAAAGCUCAUAUCGCAUGGGAACAGUUCCAUUUACCUGGCUUUAAACCAUGACUUCUAGGGUCAAAAAGUACUUUUACACUGACUUGUAACAGUAGACUUCUUGCUGGUUUGCCCACAUAAAGAAUAAAACAACGACCCCCCCAAAAAAAUGUAAUUUAUAUGCACCUGCAGUCAUUACAAGAUAGUAGUAAUUGUAGUACUGAGGAAGAGAAACCCAAGUGGUUAAUAUUACUCUCAAUGCUAUAAUAAUAAAGUUUUCCUGAGAGCUGCCUGCAAAGCUUUAGAUCAGGAUUUGUUUAUGGCUAAGUUAUAAAUAUCUGCUAUGAAACUAUAAUAUAAUUAUUGCUAUGUGUGUUUUUUUUUUUUUUUUUUAAUGAAAUGAAAUGGAGAGGUGGGAUAUAUAUUCCCAGCAUUGGCUGUAAAUUUCCUUCAUGCACUGAAGCACAUUAAAGUCUUGGCACAAGAAGUGGUAGUAAGUAUAUAAACUGGGUUGAAUGUAUAUGCUGUCAUCACUGGUUUGAAGUGACACCGAAGAUGGCAGCAGAACUUGGAUGAGAUGUUACAGUACAAACUUGUUUAUCAAAAUGUCUGGACUACUUUUAUCAUGCAGCUAUAUGAUUUAAGUAAACGAUAGCUGGGAAGAUGUGUGACAGUCUAUAAUAUAAGAAAGGAGGUCUGAAUUACAGCUAUAAAAAGACCUUGUUCUAUAUAGCAGCAAAAGACACUUGUUUAAAAUUCAGUGUAAACCUUGAAGUAAGCCUUAGUCAUAUUCUCUUGGUUACUCCUACUUUUCCUUGUUCUCUUCUGUGCAUGCAGUCCCAGUGACCGAAGUUCAAAGUUUAUCAUUAUUUUUCCAGCUGAACUGCUGUAAGCUCUCAGAAACAGAGCGCUGACCCAACUGAGAGCUCAGUUUGGCCUGACAGGCUUUGUUACACAAAUCCGCUAUCUGCUAGGAAAAGAUUAGGAUUAAUGCAUGUUACAGUCCCUCAGUUUGUUCUUCCUUUCCUUUUUAUAAAUGAUCCUCAUUCAAAGUCCCACUUUAAAAUCCCCUCCAUUAAACUUCUGAAGUGUUUACUUGGACACACCUAGCACCUUCAUUCCUUAGUGAUUUUCAAAAGGAGUUUAGGGCACUUAACACACUGUAGGAUCAGCUCAAAUACCUGUGACAGAGAAUGUUUCCCAUGUGCAUAUUUACCUUAAAAAGAUGUUUUCUAGAAGAUGCUCAAUAAUUCAUCUGUUUAUUUUUGGUUAAAUCAGUAAGUAUGAGAACUACCUUUUGACAAUAGCUUGCUUUCUUUCCUCCUACGAUUAGACUUCAUCCAUCCAUAGCAAAAAUAUCUUGUUCUUGAUGGCCUUUAAAGCAAAUAAAAGUUCACAUAAAAGAACCAAUAGUCAUUUGAAUCCUGCUUUCACAGAUCUGGGAAAUACAUUAGUAGUUCCCCAGUGAUUUGGCCAAUAUUUGCUGAACUAAAUGAAUUUUUUGAUUGUCUAGCUUGGAGCCUCUUUGGGGAUGGGUGUUCAGCAUCUGCGGCAUCUCAGACCAUUUUAAAGAUGUUUCAUGGUGCAUAAAAAAAUCAUUCAUAACUUGAAAUGCCUAGCCUUCAUCUAUGUAGUUGAAAAAUUACAUCCUUACCUAAAGCAGGAAAGCCAUUGUGGGUUUUAAGACCUAAAAAAAAAAAAAAACUUCAAAAAUUUGUUUUGUAAUGUUUGGGCCUCUUUAUGUUUUUCUAAUUAGGUGCAUUGUGGGUACACGUUUUAAUCUCUUACUAAACUUUAUUAAAAACUUCCAAUUAAAAAAACAAAAUUAAUCUAGUGUAAACCUUUUAAGCGGCUAUGAUCCACGAGUAAUGAUGUUGUUAAAAUCCCAACUGGUUUAAUGUUCUCUUAUUUAUGGAGACGCUCAAGAACCCAAAGUAAAACAUACUUACGUGAAUACAUUCAGUAUCUUACACAUGACUGGUUUUUGCUUCUUUCUCAAUGCAGGGGAAAGAUCUUCUAAGAUCUAAUGAGCAAGUGUUAUGUAAGUGCGCUAAACAAAACAAAGAACAAAUAAAGUGAAAUAUAUCCAUGAA